UUCGCUCGGCUGUUGUCCUGAUAUCACUCCGCUAGCAUGGAGGAGGGGAGCGCUUGAUUAUUGUGAUGGUGGCAGCUGCUGUACACAUUGGCGACUGUAGGAUUUCCUCUCCAGCGUUCGGGACUUUAAGAAACCGCACACCUCGUUCGCGUUUGGGGAGGGUUUCGCUGACCAAACAGAUGAAAUGCAAGUUCACGAAACAACUCCGGAGCGUGUUCGCGGCACACGGCAAAACUUUUUUCAAAAGGACAACACAAUAAACCGACGGGCUGAUGGUUGCGCGUAACAUCCGGAUGUUUGAUGGAGCUCCAGUAGAGGCGAGAGAGUAACAGUGACCCGGUCGCCUCUCUCGCUCCUCCGCGGCCCCGCACUGUUGUCUCGUAAACGGCUGUGUUAAAACAAUAUUGAAUGGUUGACACGGUGAUCCUCCCACAGGAGGGAAGCCACCACCGAGUAUUUACACUCAUUUGAAAGCUCCCAAUUUCACUGUAUCUGUCUCCCUGGCGAAGCGGACUUUUGCCCCGAUUGGGAGAGGGGAGAGAGAGUCAGGGGGCUUGACAAAGUUCUUCCCAAUUCCUGUGUAUUCAGGCACAGAUGAUGGGGGAUUUUGCCAGCCCCGCUGCCGUACCGACCGGCGGCGGCAUUUGCAUUAAUAACAGUAACGUAAACUUAAACUCUGGCAUUAAUGCGACAAAUAGCGGCACCGGCGGCGCCAACGUCGGUAUACCGAAGCACAGCACGGUGGUGGAGCGGCUUCGGCAGCGGAUCGAGGGCUGCCGGAGGCACCACGUCAGCUGCGAGAGCCGAUACCAGCAAGCGCACGCAGAGCAGCUGGAGCUGGAGCGCCGGGAGACGGUGAGUCUGUACCAGCGGAGUUUAGAGCAGCGGGCCAAGAAAUCCAGCAACAGCAAACAGCAAAACAAGCAACAAGACCCCGACUCAAUCGCCACAACCGAGCAGAGGAACAACACUUUGAUCGCGCUUCAGGAGACAGUGAAGAGGAAAUUGGAUAGUGCCCGUUCUCCAUUAAAUGGUGACCAAAAUGGCCUCAGUGAUGGGAGCUACUCCCCCACUACAAAAAGACUCCGUAAGGAAGGAUGCACUGGAAUGGACUCAAUUUGUAGUCUCCCACCCAUUUCCCCACUUCAUCAAAUGGACAUUAAGCCCACCUUGCCCUCGGGCAACAAUAGUGCCUCCUCAAACAACGGAACUGGCAAUGGCAAUGCUGGCACCAAUCACAUUACUGGUCGACCUGAGGAUUUAGGCAAGAAUGGCGGAAUGCCCGAUAUUAAACUAAACGGUUCAUUGGAUUUAGAUGAUGGCUUUAGCCUAUUAAAGGACAUGAAACAGGAGCCUUUGGACGAUGGUGGUGGAAUUGAAUCCUCAGACACUUCACUUUCAAAUCAAAAGCUAUUCUCUGACAUUAAUCUGAAUGACCAGGAAUGGCAGGAGUUGAUUGAUGAGCUUGCUAAUACGGUUCCAGAGGAUGACAUGCACGACCUUUUUAAUGAGGACUUUGAGGAGAAAAAGGAAGUGAGCGACUUCACACGGGCCCCAACGGAACAUCCGCAGAAUACACAAGACCCAGCACCUAACCCUGUAGCUCCCAGCAGUACACCGCAACCACAGAGUGGACAGAUACCCAUGGGGUCACCUCAGGUGCGACCGUCGUCAUCUGGUCCCCAAUUCGCAACUGCCGCCAGCGGCACACCGCCCCAGCAACCCUUGCAGCAGUCACCAGCAGUUGGAAUGCCGUCGGGAUCACCCCUUAACUGUGUGGCUCGUUCUCCACAAACGCCCACCCAAGCUCAGACCCAGACCUCAAGGCCUGGGAAUGGAUUUAUGAUGAAUGCAGGUCCAGGUGUUGGCCCUGUGGGAUCAACUCCGGUAACAGCAGGCGCUAAUGGUGGAGGGAGCACAGGUGGAGGUGUACCAGCCCCACCCACCUCUGAACUGUCACCGGCCGAGCAGCUGAAGCAAAUGGCUGCUCAGCAGCAACAACGUGCCAAAUUGAUUCAACAGAAGCACCAACAGCAGUCCCAGGCAGCCAACUGGUCACCUGCAGGAGCACCAACAAGCCCAUACAGUGGACCCUUUAACCCAGAUAAACCAAAUAGCCCCAUGAUGUAUCCGCAGGCUUUUAACACUGGCAACACAAUGGGGCCAAAAACGCCAAGCAUGAACAACUACCUCCCACAGAACCACAUAAAUAUGCUUAACCAGCAACAACAACAGCAGCAACCUAAUAACAUGGUUGCCCAAAACAACCUCAAUAAGCAGCUCUCUUAUAGCAACACCAAGCCGCUGACUCACUUCAGUGGAGUGGACCACAUGAGUCAGCGGAUGACACCGCCCAUGGCCAAUCAAGCCAAAAACCCAAUGAUGCCCUACAUGCAGGGCGCCGCAGGGCAGGGGGGUGGGCCGCCACAACCUCCUGGUCCAAUGCCCAGCCAGACAAGCCAUCUAAGUGAAGAACAGAAGAGGAUGAUGAUUCUUAAACAAAAAGUGCUGAGUCAAGGCUUGCAAUAUGGCUCUAUGCAGCAACACGUACAGGAUCAAGGUGUGGUCGGGAUGCCGCGACAGGCGGGAGGAGUUCAGCCACCUCAUGGAGCACCAGGGGGCGUUGCCUCGGCGGGGCCUAACAGCGCAGGGCCUGGCGGUUAUCUGGGCAAUCCACAGCAGCAACAGCAGGCGGCUAUGAUGAAGCAGAUGAUGGCUUUGGAGCAGGAGAAGAGAGUCCAAUUGCAUCUCAUGGAGCAGCAAAAAGCCCAACUGAUGAGAGAACAGAGACAACAACAACAGCAGCAGCAGCACCACUUGCUGGCAGAACAGUUACAACAACAGCAGCAUCUCCCGAGACAGAUGAGUCAGGUGCAGAGGAAUCCAUACCCACUCCAGCAGUUUCAAGGCACCCCCCAAGAGAUGGCGGCGAGGAACCAGACGCUACAGAACAUGCGGAACAGUCGACUCAUGCAGCAACAGCAGCAACAGAACCCAGGGAUCCUGCAAAUGACGCCCGUACAAAAUUCUGCCGCCAUGCCUUCGCAAGGAGACAUAAGCAUGGCGUACGGAGGCCAGACGGGUGCACAAACAGGAAUGUACCAGGGUAUGAACCCGGCCAUGGGUCAAAUGCUCCAGCAGCAACAGCAACACCAUCCCAACCAGGCCGGCAUGGCGAUGGCACAGAGACAGGCGGGCGGCGCCGGACAGGGGAUGGUCGGCGGAGGGCCGGGAGGUGUUUACGGUCAGGGCAUGCUCAUGAACCCUCAGCAAAUGAAACCCGGCAGCGUUGCCCCUGGUGGGCCGCCGAUGGCCAAAGCUGCCCAGGUUCAGAGACUGCAAAGCAUGAUGGGAGGUGGUGGCCAGACAUGGCCGCCGCAACAGCAGCAGCAAAAUAUGCAGGCCAUGGGUGGCAGGACUUCAAACGACAUGGUGGCGUUUAACAGUAAUCCUGCGUACGCCAUGCAAGGCGGCCAGCCUAGGAUGGCCAAGCAGCAUUUCGCGCAAACAAUGGGUGGGCAGACUAUGGUGGACCCACGAUCUAUAAAUCCAGCAGCAAUGGGCGGGCCCAUGAUGCCACACAUGGCAGGGCAGCCAAGGACCAAUCAGCCGAGGGGUAUAGUGAUGGCAGGCAUGAACCAGGGCGUGCCUAACAUGGCUGCUUUCGGACAGGGCUCGGCUCAGGGCAUGCCGGGGUCGUCGGGUGGGGGAGGGCCGUACAUGCCAGGCGGUCAGCCUCAGGGCUACCAGAGGACGUCUAAUCAGGACCUGGCAUACAGUUACGGCAGCCAAUCAGGGGCUGGGGUUUCGUUCGGCCUUUCGGAUGGGACAGAUUUGGAUACAACGGAAGGUUGGAUGGAUGAGUUUUUCCCCAACCAAUAGCCUAAAUAUUUUUUUUUAGUAGAACAAUUUAAUGGAAAAUGUGAUUUUUUUUUUUCUUUUCGUUUUUUUUAUUACAUGGUCGACAAUUCUAAACAAUAUAUUACAUGUUGUGUAUUACAUGUGUGUGCUGUCACAAUAUUUAAACCAACUCCUCUCUGUUUGGGUGGUCGCUUUUCGAGUAAGAAUCCAGUCUUCUGUGUUGUAAUUCUUUUAUUUUGCUUUUAAACAAAAACACAUUUUAGCCGUUUCACAAAUGAUUUUGUCAAUUUUUGUUUUGGGCUAUGUCCUUAACACUGUACGAAGGGCAAGAGGCACUGAAACUUGCAAAAUGAUAUUUGGAAAGAUUUUAUGUACGGUUUUUAGUUCAUCUAUCUUAACCUUUACUCCGACCGUACUCUUUCAUGAAGUAUACAGUAUGUGGAAAAUUUCAGGUGGGCCUGUCAACUAUCAAUCCCUUGUUUCCAACCAACCAAUUCACCACACGUCCUCUCAUCCGUCUGUAUUACAUAUUGUUUCUCAUCCUGCUCUUGAUGUGUUGUGAUCCUCUACAUUUGAUCUGUAUGAAUGCUUGAUGUGUGUGUGUGUUUGCACUAUGAGCAUCACAGCAAACACAUCAGACUGUUUGCAUGCGAGAUGGAUGCUCUGCUGUUGCUAGGCGACCGGUAGAAGUGUGCGUGUGUGUUUGCGCGUGUGCGUGUUUGUCUGUGCGAAUAUUACUCAAAGAAAUUUGGCAGCUACAAACUUCUUUCUCCCCUCUGUAAAACUGUGAGACAGGGAUGUUUCUUGAGUCACAAUGGCAGCUAGAGAGGAUUACAACUAUGACAAUAUUGGAUAGAUUGCAGUCUAAUGUAACACCCCACAGACAAAGGCAAAGGUUGUCAAAUAAUCUGGGACAAAUUUAGUGUCUGAAAAAUAAUUUUAGGACCUUUAAAUGCUUCGCAACAUUCUUGUUUAUCAUUAUAAAAACUUAAUGACCUGUGAACACUGGUUAGAAAUAUUUUUAAAAAGACUAAGGGAAAAAAGACAGUACCUGUACUGUAUUUCUGCUGAUGGGUCAUACCACUUUUAUCCUUUCAUUUCACCAAACAAAUAUUUAUUAGUUGCUUUCUAGAGCACAGAAAAUUCCUUUCUUUUCAGUUAUUGUGCCACUUCAAGCUCCUCCAAGACGGUGACACUCCGAUACGUGCUAUACAAAUCCUGAAACCGAAAAGAGAUAACCACAUUAAGCAGUUUAUAGUCCAGAUAACAUUCACUAUCAUUCUUUUUCUCAAAAUUUGAUCAUACAGUUUGCUUUAUUUUCACAUGUUAGCAUCUGGCCCUUUUAUUUGUAUGUACAAACCAUGUCAGACAUGUUCACCAAAUUGCAUUUAUUGUUUAAAACAUUUAAAGUGUUGAGUGAUUUCCAAGUUUUGACCUGAUGUUUCAAAAUGAAGUUCUCGGUAAGUUUGACUGACUUUGUUUGUCUGUCUAAAUGCCACCUAAAUAUGAAUAUCAGUUUUUUUCCUGUUUUGUGUUGCUGUAUGAUGUCAUAGUUCUGGUGUCUCUGUAAUCAAACUCUAUUUGAAGUCUAGUCUGAUAGUUUCAGCUCUUUGGGGAAUGUAACAGGAAUGUAACAUUGUGACUGACUUUUGCCCCUGGUUACAUUUUUCUUUUUGUUUGUGACGCAAAACGGUUUCAUUUUUUGUCUUAAUGGGAUAAAUUCACCAAUAGUGUUUUUUUAUUUUACAAUAAUGUUAUGUUGUUGCUCUGUCAAGAGGAUUGCAAAGGGAGGAGGUGGGGCCCAGCUGGCUCACCAAAUAUCAACAAUCUGGGACCAAGUUUAAGAUUAAGAACAUGUUUGCUUUACGUUGAAGUCAUCGAUCUUUUUCUCCUUUUAUUUCGUACUGGUGCUGACAUAUAUGUGAUGGAAAAAGGUAUAUAUCAGAUACAGUUAUUUGUAAAUAUGUUUUUACAAUUUUAAAUACAUCAGAGGAUACGUCUCUACUCGCUGUAAAGAUAUUGCUGUUUGUUGAAGAUAGAGAAGUAUUUUUAUUUCAUCUUUUUUCCACUUUUAAACUCAUCUGAGCUAUACCAUUGCACUUCAGACAAUGUCUUACUACUAAUUUGUAAUGUAAACCUCCUCUUAUUUUUAUUUUGAAGGUUUUUUCUAGUUUGAAGAUUUUACUCUGUAUCUAAAGCAGUGCUUUUUUCUUUUUCCAUGUACAGAAUUAUGUAAAUGGUAAUGCCAGAGUUACAAAGAAUUUGUUUUUCAGAAAAAAUACAUUAAAGAGAUUGAUCAUUAAAUAAUGGUUCUCACUGAUCAUAUAUUAAAACGA